GCCCUUCCCAACCAGGACUCAUCCCAUUAAUAAACUCUGCUUCCACAAGUAGGAGAAGAGUGAGAAAGAGUGAGAAAGAGAGAGAAAUUGAUGAAGAAGCUUUACAAUGGAAAAGGCAAGAGAAUCCAUCCUUCGCCUCCUCCUUCCUCUCCCUGGGACUUCCUCGCCGCCCUUCCCGCUGCUCUCCUCACCCUCGCCGCCGCCCUCUCGCCCGAGGAGAAAGAAGUCCUCGUCUACCUCCUUUCCGACGGGGCCACGGGAUUUCCCACCGAUAUAGCUUCAGGAAAGAAUAAGCCCCAACAAUCUCCUCACCAACAACGGAAGAGCCACCCGCCGGAGCUCGGCUGCGGCUGCUUCGGCUGCUACAAAAGUUUCUGGGCUCGCUGGAACGCCUCCCCCAACCACCACCUAAUCCAUCACAUCCUCGAUGCCGUCGAAGAAUCUCUGGAAUCUCAAUCUAUUCCCUCUGCCCGCCGCCGACGUCGCCGCCGAGGCAACCGCCACAAGGAUCCCGGAGAGGAAAGUGUUCCGUCAGCUUCGUCCGCCGCACUGGAGGUGAGUAAUCGGGUGGAUGAUGAUGAUGGGGAUGAUGAGGGAUAUGAUGAUAAUGUGGGAGAGGAAGAAGAUGAGGAUUACGAUAGGAUUGUGGAGGUCACCGGCGAUGGCGGCGAUGGCCGGAGCUCGGUGAGGAGGCUUGUGAGCUUUAUUGGGGAGAGGGUUUGGGGGGUCUGGAACUACUAAAGAUUCGAUCUUGGAGAUAGGUGGUUUUGACUUGUUGGAGACAAAUUCAUAGGAUCGUUCUUCACUUCUCUUGUAAGGAUUCUGUGUUGCCCUAAUACAGACUCUCCCUGUUCCUUCACUUUUCUUGUAUGAUAUAUCUUCUUUUUUCUCUCUUUUUUUUUUUUUCUCUUGAUGUGAUAAUAGAUUGCAACUUGUUGGAAAACUCUAGGAUUUAAUGGCUCUUCUUGUAACUUGAAGGUCAAAAUUGCUUUUUUGUUCAAUGUAAAACUGGUUUUUUUUUUUCCUCA